AUUCAGCUGAAAAUUACUAUCUAUGAAGCUCUUCGGGUUUUCGGUGACGGACCACCGUGACAUAGUGCCCAUGGUGAAGUUUGAGUGCCACUACUGUGGCCGGAAGUUCGAAAACUCUCAAGCAUUGGGUGGACAUCAAAACGCACACAAAAGAGAAAGGCAGCUUGAAAGGAUGGCCAUAUUAGAACAUGUCCAGCAACAUCACCAACCUCCUCCUCCUCCUCCUCCUCCUCAUGAUCAUGAUCAUGAUCAAUAUCAACGGUCAGCAACAGGUGUCCCCAUCAUCAAUGAUCCAAUGUUCGUUUCCUCUAGUAGGUCUACAACCGUUGACGGUUGUGCUGGUUAUAAUACUGCUGGUGGUGCAGUGGUAGCACCCAAAGAUCCUCAUGGCUUGUACUUGAAACAGAUCGCAAAACAAGAGGCUGUUCCGAAAGUGGAUGAAGAAAACGACGUCGUCGAUCUGCGUUUGAGACUUUGAGUCAUGCACACUCCCAACACCCUUGACUUAGUUCUAAUAUUCCCAGUCCAGGUUUAUUUGAAAACAUGUAUAAAAGAUGACAAAGCUUUGGUAAGCUUUCUUUCCAUUGUGUGUGUUGAAAUUAGGGCUUGUUAAAUAUAGGUCAAUUUUCAUGAAGAUGUAAUGGAUGUAG